AUGACGACAAGUGAUGCCAAGCCGUGUGGCGACAACAUAACUGUGGACCGAGCGGGCGGGCGUCUUUCUGAGAUUCGCUGUCUCCCAGCGCAGUCCUUAUUUUUGUGUAUCAUGGAGGUUGAAAGCCGUUGCGGCUGCUGCUGUGAUGAAAAUGGGCAUCUGGGAGGGGGGGCCUUGGAGUUCAUCACUGGCCCCAUGCCUGCGUGGGGGAGACGAUCACACCUACCCCGCCGUGUCUCGAAGCUGCGGGUUGCUGGAUGCCGUUGCCUCAUCGUGACGAACAGCAUAGACAAACGCGCUGCGGUGAGAGCAACAUGGGCAAAGCGAAAGGUGAAAAUGCAACGGGUGCCCAGAGGGCGUCUGCGUGGCUGA